UUAGCUAACUUGUACAGAAACGUAAUGCUACUUAGAAAUAGACUAACGUUACGAGGAAACCUAGCUAUGUUUUCUUUCUUUAUCUGUGUUAAGUAAUGCUCACGUGUAAAAAAAAAAAAAAAAAAAAAAAGCAAAAAACUCUCCCAGUUGUGUUAAUUUAGAGUGAAUGAAGUCCACUGAUGUAAAUUCACCUCAUCAUGGCAAACGUUAUCUAAGUUACGGUAACGUUAUUGCCUCGCUAACGUGCUCAACCUAUAACGUUACUAGUUAGUUCAAUUUUGUCGUUCCUAAAAUGUUCAUAGCCUCGAGGGUAUCUGUCCCCCCCUCAGAGUCAGACUAUUGGAUUGUGGUGUGUGGAGCCACACCCCUCAUGGACGUCCCUAUGUGCCGAAGUGAUGCAGCAGUCAGCGGUCAGUGGGCGAAGGAGGGCACCCUGGCAAGUUAGCCUGGUGCGUCACAAAGGAGUCACUGAAGAAGCGGUUCGGAGAAUAGGUGCCUGAAGGCGGCACAGAAGUCGCUUGGCUCGGGAUAUCUCGGUGUACAUGAGGACCAGCAGACACGGCUUUGGAAACGCGAGCGACUCAACAUGCAUCGAAUAACGGGGAAAGUUGGAGGGGACAGUUUAAUUGAGAUGAGCCCGACAGAGUCUUUCAAUGACGAUAUAAAUGGCUACCACCACCAUGACUCAUACAGCGCAGAAUCCCUCCAGCAGGAACGAUCAGCGAUUGACAAACAACAACAAAGUAAAGACUCUGUGUUCUUCCGUGACGGACUGCGCAGGGUUGAUUUUGUCCUGUCCUAUGUUGACGAUAAAGAUGGCGAUAAGAAACAGGACAGGAGGAAGGUUUAUGAAGCUAAUCUAGUGAAUGUCGGCCUGGAGCUGGAGACGGAAGAUAAAUUGGAGUCAGAAGAUGGAAAAACUUUUUUUGUGAAGAUCCACGCUCCGUGGGAAGUGUUGGCCACCUACGCAGAAGUACUGAAGAUCAAGGUCCCAUUCAAGGCCAACGACAUCCCGAACCACAGCGAGAUGCCCUUGAACUGGCUGUCCACUCCCUUUCGUCUGCCGGACCACAUCAUGCACCCUGAGCCAGACUACUUCACGGCUCCGUUCAACAAGAGCAAGUCUGACUUCUUCCUCAUCGAUGACAAAAACACAUUCUUCCCCCCUUCUGUUCGCAACAGGAUAGUCUACUAUAUCCUGUCCCGAUGUUCAUACAUAAGGGACGAAUGUGGGGAUAAAGACAAGAAGGGAAUCAAGAGGUUACUCAACAAUGGCACCUACACGGCUGCCUUCCCUCUGCAUGAUUCUAGAUAUUGGAAAAGAUCGAAGGAUCCUAACUGCGAAAGUGAGAGGUAUAGUCUCUACAAUCACUGGGCCAGAUUCUUGUGUUGCUACAAAGAGCAGCCCCUCAACCUUAUAAGGAAGUAUUAUGGGGAGAAGAUUGGUAUUUAUUUUGCGUGGCUGGGGUUCUACACUGAGAUGCUGUUCCUUGCUGCAGUCGUAGGAACAAUUUGUUUUGCCUACGGAUACCUCACCUACAAUGAGAACCAGUGGAGUAAAGAAAUAUGUAGUGAGGAAAUCGGAGGCAAUAUUGUCAUGUGUCCGCUGUGUGACAAGAAAUGUAGCUACUGGAAACUCAACUCAACAUGCAACUCAUCAUGGCAAUCGCACCUAUUUGACAAUGUGGCAACAGUGUUUUUUGCCAUAUUCAUGGGGAUUUGGGUGACGCUGUUCCUGGAGUUCUGGAAGAGGCGGCAGGCCCGUCUCGAGUACGAGUGGGAUCUGUUUGACUUUGAGGAGGAGCAGCAACAACUGCAGCUUCGGCCAGAGUAUGAGACCAAGUGCACCAACCGCAAGCUGAACCGCAUCACUCAGGAAAUGGAGCCUUACUUACCCAUAACAAGCAAGUGUGCACGCACAUGUCUGUCUGGAGCCACCGUCCUGUUCUGGAUCUCAUUGAUCAUUGCUUGCAUCAUUGGAGUGAUAGCGUACCGCCUGGCGGUAUAUGCAGCCUUCGCCAGCAUCAUGAAGGACAGUCCCACCUCCCACCUGCAAGUGGUUGGUCCCUACAUCACUCCACAGCUGGCCACCUCUGUCACCGCGUCCUGCAUCAACUUUGUCAUCAUCAUGAUCCUCAACCUUAUGUAUGAAAGAGUGGCUAUUUGGAUCACUGACAUGGAAAUUCCAAAGACCCACCUGGAGUAUGAGAACAAACUGACAGUGAAGAUGUUCCUCUUCCAGUUUGUCAACUACUACUCCUCCUGCUUCUAUGUGGCUUUUUUUAAGGGCAAGUUUGUCGGCUAUCCUGGAAAGUAUGCUUACAUGUUUGGCGAGUGGAGCCAACUGAGGAAUGAAGAGUGUGAUCCUGGCGGCUGUUUGAUUGAGCUGACCACCCAGCUGGUGAUUGUGAUGACUGGUAAACAGGUGUGGGGAAACAUCCAGGAGGCUCUGGUCCCGUGGUUGAUGAACUGGUGGGGCAGCAGGAGGGCACGAAGCCACCCAGACAGUCUGUACAGCCGCUGGGAGCAAGACCAUGACCUACAGUGCUUUGGACAUCUGGGCCUCUUCUACGAGUACUUGGAGAUGGUGAUCCAGUUUGGUUUCAUCACACUGUUUGUCGCCUCCUUUCCCCUGGCACCCUUGCUGGCCCUUUUCAACAACAUCAUCGAGGUUAGAGUGGACGCCUGGAAGCUCACCACUCAGUUCAGACGUCCUGUGGCAGCAAAGGCCCAUAGCAUUGGAGCCUGGCAGGAAAUCCUCAAUGGGAUGGCCGUCCUCUCUGUUGUAACAAAUGCAUUCAUUGUGGCCUUCACCUCUGAUAUGAUCCCUCGACUCGUGUACAUGUAUGCCUACCAGCCAGAGGGUGAGAUGAAUAUGAAAGGCUACAUAAACAACAGCUUGUCUGUUUUCAAUAUCUCAGAGUUCCGAGAAGCCAACAAACCUGAGGACGGGGAGAACCCCUCCUGGUUCAACAGCUCCAUCACUAAUUGCAGGUAUCGUGAUUACCGCUACCCUCCCGGCCAUGAGAAGCAGUACUCCCACACUAUGCAGUUCUGGCAUAUUUUGGCUGCCAAGAUGGCUUUCAUCAUUAUCAUGGAGCACGUUGUGUUCGUGGUCAAGUUCUUUGUGGCCUGGAUGAUUCCCGAUGUUCCCUCUGAAGUGAGUGCUCGAAUCAAGAGAGAGCGUUACCUGGUCCAGGAGUAUCUCCACGACUACGAAGUGGAGAAGCUGAAGAUUCAACUCAGCCAAAUCAACAACGACGAGUGUACUUGCACGCCCAUGAUCUAUCCGUCUGUACCCAAACAUGAGGUGCUGUCAGAGUGUCUCUAGCCCAGCAAGCUGCUGGUCAAUCAGCUGGACGUAAUGGGAGGACAUGGUGAUGUAGAUUGCCCUGCUUGUGUAUUAAGAUAGUGACCAUCACUUCGCUGUAGUUCCUGUGUCGUUUAUGCAAUACACUCACACGCAGACAACUUUUAUUAAGGAGCUAAAGGUUUCCUCAAUUCUCAGCUAUCCCUCGUCUACUAAUCUGCUGAUAGUGGAAGUGCACACAGGUGAAAGACCAAGUCUCCAUGCAUGCUGAAACACUUGAAUUUAAACCUCUGUUUCAUACUUAUGGCUUUUCACUCUUUAUUGUAAUUGUAGUGCUGAGGAUAAUCUAAAUUUGCUAUAAGGAAGAAAAGAGGAAAUUUUCUAAACACUGUGUCUAAGCCAGGCAACUCAUCUUGUUUUAAUACAAGACUAUUUAUUUUAAGUGCCACUAUAAGUAACCAAAGACUGGGUGCCUUAAUAUAUCACACACUUGUCAUUGGUUCUAUAUGUCAGUCAAAUGACAAUUAAUAUAAUUUAGAAACUGAGAGCUUGUUCAUUCUGAAGUUUUUCCUUUGUGUAUGUGAAGCUGUAUGAAGGGUUCUAGUGUCAUUUCGUUGUUUGUUUGUUUUUUACAGUUACUGCAAUCAAUGUGAGCAUUGUUUAUUUCCAGCAUUAAGGGCUCAGCACACAUGUAACACACAUUUACAAGACUGUUAUCUUCACUUCACUGGCCUGUUCUCAUAACAGCCCAACAGUCUCUCCAGGCCAAAACCUGACAUGUGAAGUUAAGUAGCUUUUUAUGAAGAGAAACGUGUGCUGCUGCGAGUAAAGGGGAGGUUUUCUCCUGCAUUGGCCAGUUGUUCAGCUGCAGCAGCUGGUGCGUGUUGACUGUUGACAGUGAGUCCUGUUCCUGGAGAUGAGAAGUGAAAGCCCCGAGAGAGAGUGAAGAGAUCCCUUUUUAAUGUGUUUCUGUUUACCAACACGUCGGAGCUAAUGAAAGCUUGCCCCCACCUACUGAACUAUGUUUGUUCCAUUACACAAAGCACAUCAGCCAUCGCCCAGUUCUUAUGCUUCUGGUUUCCUCAGCUGUGUCCAUGCAGAGAAGGAAAGAUACACAUUCUUUUUUUUUUUUUUUCCGAAAUUUUGCACAAAGCACUUAAUGAAACAUGACUACCAAGACAUAAACACGUCAGUCUAAUUGUUAUGUCAUGAUGCUACACAUUCAUAAUCAGUGUUUUGAAGCAGAAAUGUGUGUUUUUGUUUAUAGAAAUGGAACAAGAGUUGUACUGUAGCUAAGAAGGAAUUCUCUGUUUUGAUUUUAAUGUUAAUAUUGAGUUUAAAUGCUAUUUCAAAAACAAGGAGUAAAGAUGGGACUUUUGUUUCCAAAUGAUAUGAAGGACAUUUUAAUGUUUAAUCAGCUGCCUACAUAGAAAUAUGUGAGAAGUAUCUGUUAUUAAAGUAUUUGAAUUUUAUGUAAAAUAGCUGAGUGGUUGUGCUUCAAACUGAGGCAACUAAAUCUACAGUUUGCUUGAGAUGCAUGUAGCUGUGACCACAUAGUCGAGGGCAUUGUUGAACUCAUCUAGUUUGCCUUUUUCCUGCCCUACGCUCAGCUAAAUUAGUGCCUGUUGAUGCCUUAAUACUUCUCAUACUUUGUGUUUCCUGUUAUUUUUUUGUACAUCUCUUUUAAAUUCAAACAUUUUAUUAUGUCUGUCCUCUUUUCUUAUCCUUUAGUAAUAUUUUAUUUUAUACUGAUACAUAAAAGAAGUGAACCUGUUUACUGUAUGAUCAAAGUUACAAUUUCAUGUUUUCAUUAAUUUUGUUCUGUUUUCUCUUUUUUUUUGUAAUAUUAUAUUCUGUAUCCAAAUAUGUAAGCAAAGAUAAAUCCAGAAUAAAGUGCAGUUCAACUUGA